UGUAUUUGUCUGCCAGCCACCUUGGGAGGCCGCUGGUCAGCGAGGGCUUGACAUGGUACCAAGUGGGAUGGGGCUGGGGCCAAAGAGAGGCCUCCUGGGAAGCUGUUGAUGACAUUUGGGGGCCUAGAGGGAGGAAAAUCACUCAGGGAGGGACCAGGCCCCUCAGCCACUCUGUUCUUGUUUGCCUUCUCCUGAUACCCCUUGGCUUGGGUCUCGGAAGCUUCAGCUUAAAGGCUGGAGAUGAAAAAGGCCAAAGGUCAAUAGGGUUGGUGGCUUCAGGCUACUGAGGGACCUGUGAUUCCCAGCAGGAGACCUGAAGAGCCAGAGCAGCUCAGGAAUGGAAACGGCCCCAUUUGGCACUCUUAGCACUUGAAGAGCCCCGCCCAGCCUCAUGGAACCUUCCAUCCACAAGGGCACAGGGGCAGAUUUGGACUGUAACCCAGGUCCCUGAUGACCAGCCUGCCUUUUCCACAGUGAGGGGUGGCUCUCAUGGUGGCUGUCCCUCCCCGCAGGAAAACAUCAUGAAAUCCAACAUUGACAAGAAGUUCUCUGCGCACUACGACGCGGUAGAGGCAGAGCUCAAGUCCAGCACCGUGGGUCUUGUGACCCUGAAUGACAUGAAGGCCAAGCAGGAGGCUCUGGUGAAGGAGCGGGAGAAGCAGCUGGCCAAGAAGGAGCAGUCCAAGGAGCUGCAGAUGAAGCUGGAGAAGCUUCGAGAGAAGGAGCGUAAGAAGGAAGCCAAGCGGAAGAUCUCCAGCCUGUCCUUCACCCUGGAGGAGGAAGAAGAGGGAGGCGAGGAAGAAGAGGAGGCGGCUAUGUAUGAGGAGGAGAUGGAAAGGGAAGAGAUCACCACGAAGAAGAGAAAACUGGGGAAGAACCCAGACGUGGACACAAGCUUCUUGCCUGAUCGAGACCGUGAGGAGGAGGAGAAUCGGCUUCGGGAAGAGCUGCGCCAGGAGUGGGAAGCCAAGCAGGAGAAGAUCAAGAGCGAGGAGAUCGAGAUCACCUUCAGCUACUGGGAUGGCUCUGGGCACCGGCGGACAGUCAAGAUGCGAAAGGGCAACACCAUGCAGCAGUUCCUGCAGAAGGCGCUCGAGAUUCUUCGGAAAGACUUCAGUGAGCUGAGGUCCGCAGGGGUGGAGCAGCUCAUGUACAUCAAGGAGGACUUGAUCAUCCCGCAUCAUCACAGCUUCUACGACUUCAUCGUCACCAAGGCACGGGGGAAGAGUGGGCCACUCUUCAACUUUGAUGUUCAUGACGAUGUGCGGUUGCUCAGUGACGCCACUGUGGAGAAGGAUGAGUCACAUGCAGGCAAGGUGGUGCUGAGGAGCUGGUACGAGAAGAACAAGCACAUCUUCCCUGCCAGCCGCUGGGAACCCUACGACCCUGAAAAGAAGUGGGACAAGUACACGAUCCGCUGAGCGUCUGGGAAGCUGCACAGCCUUGGCUCCUCAGCUCCCUCAGCAUGCCCUGUGGUGUCCCCGGGACUCCAGGCACCUGCUCCCCUGCGACCAUGCCAGGCACGUUGGGAGGAGGAUGGCAGCUGCUCGUGUCCUGCCCCCGGCACGUCAGUGACUGCUUUAUUCUUUUCCAAUAAAGAAGUGCACAUGUCAGAGCUGGAGCGCCUGCAGUGUGAGAAACCA